UUAAGGUUGGAGAUCAUUAUUAUUACCCAGAUUAUAUAAUAGUCGCGUUACUUGAUACUCAAUUCAAUUAAGACUUUGCCUGCAUUGUGAUAACUUAAAUUAAGUAAAUAAGUAGUUUUCAUUCCGUGCUUUACGAAAGAAUGACGAGAAGAACGAACAGGUAUCCGUCGUGGUGCCCGGUCAAGCCGUGUUGUGGCAUCUUUCUUCAAGGAGCCAUUAAAGCUUUGGCCAUCAUAAAUGUGGGAAGUAACUUGCUCCUGGCGUUGCUACUUUCGUCGCGUAUUGUCGCUGUGUCGCCAUAUUACUGGGAUACUGCAAAUAGUGGAAACGUUAAUACGGACCAGAUCACAAAUGACCAGUCUUUGCUGACUCAAACUCGUUUUGUGACGUGCACAUUUUGGGGAUAUUCUUACUUUUUCAUGUUCACGAACUGCGUCUACUCCAAAUUCCUGUACAACAUGGCAACCAAGAGAAACCGGGCACAACUAAGGAUCUGGCUGAUAACCACAAUUCCAUCAUAUUUCAUUUGGCUCACCCUCUACUGCGUAGAAGCCGUUUGGCUUGCAAUGUCCGGGUUCUACUCACCAGUCACUUACUUAGACAUUUACACCAAUAUGGCAAUCUGGUCGUUUAUCAUUUACAAAGUUUACGCCUUCUGGAUCGUUGCUUGUUUCUAUAUGGAGCUGAAAUCCUGCGGAGUUUUGAACCGGGCAUUACGGGAGUUGUCGGAUAAUGAGGUUGAAGAAUUUUUCAAGGGCGCCAGUACCGCGAGGGGAGGCAUCGUCCUAGUUGACGAGGAGGAUGAUGCUGAAGCGCCAGAUUCGCCAUCGUCAGAUUUUACGAGUCGCCCCUACAAGCCUGACUUUGAAAUAACGCCAGAUCGAAUUGUGCUCGAAGAGAAUUUUCCGCUCGGAAAAGGAGCGUUCGGAACCGUUUUGAAGGCCACUUUAAAGAAUAAGGACAACCCUGAAAUUACUGAUGUAGUCGCAGUAAAGACAGUAAACUCUGAAAAUUGUGAUGAGAUCUGCUUCAGAGCAUUGUUAAUAGAAGUAAAGAUUCUCAGCUAUAUUGGGAAGCAUGAAAACGUUGUAAAUCUAAUUGGAGCUUGCACCGGAAAUUUGAAACAAAGAAAUAUAUACGUCGUCGUCGAGUUCUGUCCGUAUGGCUGUGUCAUGAAUUAUCUUAGGGCUAAUCGGGGAAUAUUUAUCGAUUGUGUCGACCCAAUUAAAAUCCUCGAAAUGAAAAACCUUUGCCCUUAUGUGUCCACUGCUGGGGUUGGAGGUCCAACGGUACUCGACUUGAUCAAGUGGUCAAAGCAGACCGCAGAUGGGAUGCAGUUCAUUUCCAGCAGAAAAGUAAUUCACGGUGACUUGGCGGCUAGAAAUGUCUUACUGACUGCUAACCUUGACGUUAAAAUCGCAGAUUUCGGGCUCAGCAGACAACUCUACAAGUACACGACUUACGUCAAAAACAGCGACGAGCCUCUCCCGUGGAGGUGGAUGGCUCUAGAAAGUUUGGUCCAUCUCAACUUUUCUACACAGUCGGACGUUUGGGCGUAUGGGGUCACGCUUUGGGAGUACUUCACCUGUGGUGGGACACCAUUCGCGCUCGAGACCUUCUCGCAGGAUUUCGUUCAGCUCCUUAAAACUGGCCAACUCACCCUCCCACAACCGCCAUAUGCAUCGAACGAAAUAUAUGAAUUGAUGACCAAAUGCUGGCAACUGGAUCCAAACUUGAGGCCUACAUUUGAAGAAUUGAAAAUCUUUUUUAUGAAAUUAAUUUCUAAACCAGUGUGAAGUCCAUAAUAUAGUUAGACGUAUAAAUUUCCGUUGAUCUCCUAAAUUAAAUAUCUACAUGUACAUAUAUAUAUGAAAAACUAUAUGCACAUACUUACAUGUGCAUACAGGUCAUGUAUGUAUUUACCAUGUAGAUUCCACAUAUGUUUGUAUCAUGUAUUAUGUGUAAAAUAAAGAUGAAAAAGAAUGCGUAUGUAAUUAUUGGAUACU